GAGCGGCCCCAAAACCAAAGCUAAAAGCAAUGGAAUGAUAUUCUUUCCCUUUCAACUUUUUCUUUGACAUCGACAAGGACACUGCCAAGCGGGAAAAAAAAAAAAAAAGACAGCAUCAUCAAACAGCAACCAUGGAAUUCCCGUAUGGCCACCACUCCCACACCCACCAUCAGCGUCGCGGAGAGGAUGAAGAAUAUGGAGAAAGACCGAAUUACCCCCCACGGCCUCCGCCAUCAGAAAUAGGAAUGGGAUCCACCUUUGAUCAACCUCUUCCACCGCCACGCCCUUCCUACUUUGCACAAAAUGAAGAAUUCCCACCUGCACCUCCACAUUCACAACCAGCCCAUGUCACACAUAUCUCCCAUGCCCAUGUUGUCCAAGGCCAACAAGACUUCAACAACUUUUCUGCUAAUUUUCCUCCUCACAAGCAACCACCGCCCCUUGACUCCUCCGAUUGCCAUUCUGCUGGUGGUGCUGCUGUUGGAGUGCAUCAUGUCGCUCAUCAUGAUCUGGGCCAAAACCCCCUUCUAGAAACCCAUUUCCCCUCCUCCGUCCACCACCAAACCCAUCAAUCCAUCCCUUCUAAUCUCUCCGACAAACCCACCGUCAAGGUCUUCUCCAAGGCCCGACCCGAUUUCUCUCUCACCAUCCGAGAUGGCAAAGUCAUUCUUGCCCCGUCUGACCCAUCUGAUGUUUUCCAACAUUGGUACAAAGAUGAGAAGUACAGUACAAGAGUGAAGGAUGAAGUAGGGUUUCCAAGCUUUGCUCUCAUUAACAAAGCCACUGGUCAGGCUAUCAAGCACUCCAUUGGGGCCUCCCAUCCUGUACAGCUGAUACCUUAUGUUCCAGAUGUUUUUGAUGAAUCCAUACUUUGGACCGAGAGCAAGGAUCUAGGUGAUGGUUUCAGAACAAUUAGGAUGGUUAAUAAUAUUCGCCUUAAUGUGGAUGCCUUUCAUGGUGAUAAGAAAUCUGGUGGUGUCCAUGAUGGCACCACUAUCGUGCUGUGGGAUUGGAACAAAGGAGAUAACCAGCGAUGGAAGAUCGUACCCUACUGAAUUUUGAAGGGCAUGUUGUGAUGCCUUCAAGUUCAAUGUUUAUUGUGUUCAUAAAACUAUUUGAGGUGUGAAGAAUACUGCUGCUGCUGCUUCUUGUCGUUGUCAUUAUGUGUUUGCAAGUGGUAUAUGUUUCUAUGUUAAAUCUUAUGUGUGUAAAAACCUUGAUUGUGAUUUGUGAUGAAGUAAUAUUUAUCACCUAUUAUAUUCUUGUAAUGUAAUGUGUAUCAUCAUCUUUCUACA